AACAAAUCAACCUACACUGUUUUUGGGUUUUGGUCGCAUUUUACGGAAGCGAUAAGCAAAUGUUUAUAAUAUUAUUCUAUUAAAAUCACAUUAAAUGCUCUUAUAAUGUACGAUUAAAAUUUGCGGACAUAUAAAGUCCUAAUAUAUUAUUGUUUGCACGUAGGUACUUCUGAAAGAGACUCUUAAACACUACACCAAGUUUGUAAGAAUUUACAUAUUAUCAUCAAUUGGUUAGUUUUCACAUGGUGUUUAGUCUUCUAUUUGUUCCUCCUCACCUCAUUCAACAGUUCACUGUGCAGCAUGGCAAGUGCAAGUGAUAAUAAAAUGGUAGCGGCUAGUAAAGCAGCCCUGCCACCAUCCAGUGAUGACAGCACUAAUGUACUCUCCAUGAUAUAUAGAUUUUUUAAAAAGGUGUCAAUAGUUGGCGCCGUAUACCUUGUGGGCUACAUGCAAUGGAGCGUGGCCUGGCUCAUCGGGCCCGUCGUACUGUCGUUGUUACGCGACCAAUGGCGCAAGGAGAGCGAGUACAGGCGGAACAUAGCAAAAGCCGCUGCUCUCUCAUCGGAGAAAGAUGUAGUGUUGGCGAGGUUGGAUGACUUGCCGGCUUGGGUAUUUUUUCCCGAUAUAGAACGUGCUGAAUGGCUAAACAGAAUUCUAUUGCAAGUGUGGCCGAAUGUAAACCAUUACGCCCGCAGUCUGCUGAAGGAUACUAUAGAGCCAGCAGUGGCUGAGAGUUUGGCAAAUUUCAAACUGAAUGGAUUCAAAUUUGAGCGUAUGAUCCUAGGGACCAUAGCCCCACGAGUUGGAGGCGUGAAGGUUUACGACAAGAAUCUCUCUAGAAAUGAAAUUAUAAUGGAUGUUGAUCUCUUUUACGCUGGCGACUGUGAUAUAUCUUUUGUACUGCAACAUAUUCGAGGAGGUAUUAAAGAUCUCCAGAUCCACGGCAUGGUGCGCGUAGUGAUGAAGCCGCUGAUAUCCAAGAUACCGCUGGUGGGCGGGCUGCAGGUGUUCUUCCUCAACAACCCGGCCAUCGACUUCAACCUGGUCGGCGCGGCGGACGUGCUCGACAUGCCAGGGUUCAGUGACAUCUUGCGGCGUUGCAUCGUGGAGCAAGUGGCGAAAAUGAUGGUGCUGCCGAACAAACUGCCCAUCAAGCUGAGCGACGAGAUACCCACGGUCGACCUGCGAAUGCCCGAACCAGAGGGUGUGCUGCGUAUUCAUCUGGUUCAAGCUCAGAAUCUCAUGAAGAAAGAUGUAUCGAUGCUUGGUAAGGGUAAGUCUGAUCCAUACGCGAUCAUAACCGUUGGUGCUCAGCAAUGGAAGACGAAACAUAUCGAUAAUAACGUCAAUCCCCGUUGGGACUACUGGUGUGAGGCGAUAAUAAGCUCGCGGAAGAGCCAGCAGCUGCAGUGCGAGCUGUGGGACUGGGACCCGGGGAUGGGCAUUCAGAACGAUGAUUUUCUCGGCAGAUGCUCUUUGGACAUCUCUCAAGUUGUGCGGUUGGGAAGAAUGGACACGUGGCAAACCCUUCAACAAGCAAAGCAUGGUAAAGUUCACCUGCGUCUGUCCUGGCAUCGUCUGUCUUGUGAUGCAUCGGAUCUCAGUCACGCUAUCACAGAAACUCAACUGAUCAAGACCGGAGAUCUGAGCUCAGCUGUACUCUCAGUUUAUAUCGACUCUUGCAAAAAAUUACCUAACGCGCGCGCGCAAUCCCGACCCGAUCCUUACCUGACGGUGACCGUAGGCAAGAAGACGGAGACCACAGCUGUUCAGAUGCGCACCGACGACCCCGUGUACGAGAUCGGGUUCUCCUUCCUCGUGCAGAACCCGGAGAUCGACAUGUUGGAGAUCAAAGCCAUAGACUCCAAAACGUCAAACCAACUCGGUCAACUGGUGUACUCUAUUUCAUCGUUGCUGAAACAAAAGGAUCUAAGUCUGCUUACACAACCUUUGAUGCUGCAGAAGUCGGGACCGGAAUCAAAGAUCAUUUUGUCUCUGCAACUGAGGAUCCUUAAAGAGGCGGUCAAAGAGGGGGACGUAGAGGAGGAUUCACAAGCGGAGUCCGCCAGCGCCGACCCGCCGCCGCCCGCGGGCGACGCCACCAACACCGCUCCCGAGACGCCGCCCACUGAGCAGACAGCCCCGCCCGCCGCUCCGGAACUGAAAAACAUUGAAGACCCCUCUUCUGAUAACACGUCGCAGAAAUCUGUUCCCGUAGAACCAAUUGUCAAAGAAGAAGUCCAACAAGAAUUUCAGGCACCGCCAUCAGGACGGCAAUCUCCUAAACUAGUCCACAGGACCUCAUCACUGACUACAUCUGCCGGGGAAGCGGGCUUAGGACGCAUACUGCUCUCAUUAAGAUACAGCAUGCAAAACCAAACUUUAUUUAUAGUAGUCCAUAAAAUUAUGCACAUACCACUCAAAGACCCGAGCAACGUCCCAGACCCGUACGUAAAGCUGUACUUACUGCCAGGAAGAUCUAAGGACUCUAAACGCAAGACAUUGGUGGUGAAAGACAGCUGCAUGCCGGAGUACGACGAGCAGUUCGAGUGGGUGAUUCCCCACGCAGAGCUGCACUCGCGCCAGCUCGAGAUCACGGUCGCCACGCACAAGGGUUUCCUUGGCGGCAGCCCCGUUAUUGGCCAGGUAAUAGUACACCUCAAUCAAUAUGACUUCCGCGAGGCGAAGACAUUGUGGUUUGAUCUCAUGCCGGAAUCGUCACCAAGAGAUUAAUAUACAUAAUAUUUAAUUUCAGCAUGAAUCUGUUUCUUAUGAUUUAUUUUUAUCAUUCUAUAGUUGCCAUUGUAAGGAUUUAUAACACUUUUGGCAGAUAUGUUGUUAGAAAAUAGGAUGCUUGUUACUUAAAACUAUUUUUUAUGAUUAAAAUACACGCAAGUCCCAUUUGGAUGAAAAUGUUCAAUCAAAUUAGGAUAUUUCUAUCUUAACUGCUGUCUGUGAUGAAUUAACUGAUCAUUGUAAUUUUUCCU